AUGGGGUUUACGAAAACGCUCCUCAUUGGCUUAAGUGCCGGUCUAAGUCUAAACCUCGGGUUCGGAUUCGCUCGCGCUGAUCAGUUACCACUCGUAGACAAGACUCGGCCAAAUGUAGUGUUUGUCUUGACAGAUGACCAAGACUUGCACUUAGAUUCUUUGCAAUACAUGCCGUUUGUGAGGAAACAUCUCAUCGAGAAAGGCACAUCUUUCAACAAGCAUUACUGCACUACGGCGCUAUGUUGCCCUUCUCGGGUUACGUUGUGGACGGGGAGAGUCCCCCAUAAUACGAAUGUUACCGACGUCAGCCCGCCAUAUGGUGGUUACCCUAAAUUCGUUAAUCAAAGUCUCAAUGAUAACUAUUUCCCGGUCUGGCUGCAGCAGGCAGGAUAUAACAAUUAUUACACCGGGAAGUUAUUCAAUGCGCAUACUGUUUUAAAUUACAACGACCCGUAUCCUCGAGGGUACACAGGUUCAGAUUUUCUCUUGGACCCCUUCACGUAUGAAUUUCUCAAUAGCACAUUCCAACGCAAUCAGGAAGCGCCUCGAAGCUAUGAGGGAGAAUACAGCACGGACGUCAUGGCUGAGAAGGCUUACGGCUUUCUGGACGAUGCCGUCCGUGAUCUUGAAAACAGCCCGUUCUUCCUAACUGUUGCGCCGAUUGGCCCACACGCCAAUGUUCACACUACUGUCUAUUCCGAGACGAAUAAAACGUCUGUAUUCACUGAACCUAUCCCAGCGAAACGACACGAGCAUUUAUUCAAAGACGUGAAAGUCCCGAGAACGAAAAACUUCAACCCUGACCAGCCAUCUGGGGCAAACUGGCUGCUAGACCUGCCGCAACAGAACCAGUCUAACAUAGAUUAUAACGACCAUUUCUACCGCCAACGACUGCGCUCGCUGCAAGCCGUAGACGAACUAGUUGACGGACUCUUCACGCGUCUCGAAGAAUAUGGCAUUCUUGAGAACACGUACUUCGUCUACAGCAGCGACAACGGCUACCACAUCGGGCAGCAUCGUCUACAGCCAGGGAAGGCGUGUGGGUACGAGGAAGAUAUCAACGUGCCACUAAUAAUACGCGGGCCUGGCAUAGCUGAGAACCAGGAGACCAACAUUGUGACAUCGCAUACCGACCUCGCGCCAACAUUCCUGGAGCUCCUGGGGAUCCCACUCCGGGAUGAUUUUGACGGAAGACCGAUCCCGCUGACGGCUGAGGGGCUCAAGAGGCCCGAGAACUCACGGCGCGAGCAUGUCAACGUCGAGUUUUGGGGUGGAGCGAUAGGCGAGGGUAUAUAUGAGCCUCAAGUGCAUCCAAAUCACACGUACAAGGCCGUCCGGUUGUCCAGUCCGGAGUACAGCCUAUAUUACUCGGUGUGGUGUAACAACGAGCACGAACUUUAUGAUAUGACUGUUGACCCAGGCCAAUUGCACAACCUACUAGCCGCCGACGGCUCCCCGUUGGAAGGUGAAGCGCUUAUUGCAGGACGCUCAGUUUCAAGUGUCGUGUCGCGGCUGGACGCACUCCUCUUCGUGCUCAAGUCGUGCAAGGGAGACACUUGUCGCGAGCCCUGGAAGCAGCUGCAUCCGGCCGGGAACGUGGAAACGUUGGCGGACGCGCUGCGAACCGGUUACGACGAGUUCUAUGCGGAACAGACGGGUGUGAACUUCGAGUAUUGCGCUGCUGGGUAUAUUAUCGAUGCCGAGGGGCCGAUGUGGGAAACGGAUAGCCUGAUGACACGGGAUGGCGCGCCCUGGUACGAAUGGGUGUAG